UUUGUUAUUUCAGUUGAUUAGAUAAUAGAAAGGCAUGAGGUAGCUCUUCUAUGGCGGUGAGUCUUGUACGCUUCCUCAUCUCCUCUUGACAAAAGAAAGGCGAAGAAAAGACUUUUAACACGAAUUCCUUAUUUCCAUAUUAAAAGCGGUCCUUGGUGGAGAAUUAUCGUCGGCCGGCCGUCGCACCUGUGAUUUCGGCGAGGGAGGUGUUUUGGAGGGAGAAAGCGGACUUUGUCUCUCUCACACGCUUUCUCUCUAUCCAUCUGAUGGUUCUGUUUGCAGUGAGGGAAAGAUAAGGACGCGUUUGGUUUGAAGAGAAAGCAAACCGAAAAUGAAUGGUCAGAGUAAUGGGACAGCGAUUGGAAAUGGAUUUGGAAGUGUAGAGACUGAAUACAUUAGGAGACAUCAUAGGCAUGAUCCUGCUGAUCAUCAGUGUAGCUCUGCUCUCGUUAAGCACAUCAAAGCUCCUGUUCAUCUUGUUUGGUCUCUCGUGAGGAGAUUUGAUCAACCACAGAAGUAUAAGCCAUUUAUUAGGAGGUGUGUUGCGCAGGGGAACCUUCAGAUUGGCAGUGUUAGAGAAAUUGAUGUAAAGUCUGGGCUUCCUGCCACUACAAGUACUGAAAGAUUGGAGUUUCUUGAUGAUGAUGAGCAUAUCCUCAGCAUCAGGAUUGUUGGUGGGGAUCAUAGAUUGAGGAACUAUUCUUCAAUCAUUUCCCUCCAUCCAGAGAUCAUUGAUGGAAGACCAGGGACUCUGGUGAUCGAGUCAUUUGUGGUGGAUGUACCUGAAGGGAAUACCAAGGAUGAAACGUGCUACUUUGUUGAAGCUCUGAUCAAAUGCAAUCUCAAAUCACUAACUGACGUGUCAGAGCAGCUUGCAGUGCAGGAUCGAACUGAACCCAUUAAUUGCAUCUGAGGAACAUUAGACAGGACUCUGGAGAUGUGGUGGAGGCUAUGGUUGCAAAGGAUGAAGCUUCCAGGACUCUGACACUCUGGAUACGGACUGGCUGUAGUACUUUCUUUCAUCUUCCAGACACUGUUGCACUCUUUUUCCUUGAUUGUGAUGUUCUCCUCCUCAAUUUAUUUGCUGGAUUUCCUAUCUACAGUAGCUCAAGAACCACUCUUAUAAAGGUUUAAACUUGCUUGUGAGUUGUGAAUGAAAGAGUACAAAAGUAAAAACUAGGUUUUUCUUAGUGAUGUCCAGCAUUUUGUCUGUGGUAGUAGCUUUAUGUUGUAUAUAUGUGUGUUGGAAGGAGUUGUUUUGUAUCUGUUGUCUUUCCUUUAUAGUUUUAGGUGUAGGUAGAGAAGUUUGGUGAUAUGAAUUGUCUAGGACCUUAAACCAUUUGUUCUAAAAGCUGUAGCUAAUAUAGAGGUACAUAUGUUUGUCA